GUCUUCUUGCCUCUCCAGCGCCCGGGGUAGCCCAGGCCCGGGAGAGAGCAGCGGAGAUUCGAGCCUCGGAGGGUGGUUGCCGGCUUUCGAGCAGGCUUGGAGACUCUGCCUGCGUCCUCCACUUCGUCCCGGCCCUUGUCCUGUGGCAGGUGCUCCGCUCAAGAUGAAUCUCAACUUCACCUCUCCUCUACACCCGGCGUCUUCUCAGAGGCCCACAUCCUUCUUCAUCGAGGACAUCCUGCUGCACAAGCCCAAGCCGCUGAGAGAGGUGGCCCCAGACCAUUUCGCCAGCUCUCUGGCCUCUCGGGUGCCUCUGCUAGACUAUGGCUAUCCCCUCAUGCCCACACCCACCCUCUUGGCUCCUCACGCCCAUCACCCUCUGCAUAAGGGAGACCACCACCAUCCUUAUUUCCUCACCACCUCGGGGAUGCCCGUCCCAGCGCUGUUCCCGCACCCGCAGCACGCGGAGCUGCCGGGGAAGCACUGCCGCCGCCGCAAAGCCCGCACGGUUUUCUCUGACUCGCAGCUCUCGGGCUUGGAGAAGAGGUUCGAGAUCCAGCGCUACCUGUCCACGCCAGAGCGAGUGGAGCUGGCCACGGCCCUCAGCCUGUCCGAGACGCAGGUGAAAACGUGGUUCCAGAACCGGCGGAUGAAGCAUAAAAAGCAACUGCGGAAAAGCCAAGACGAACCCAAAGCACCAGACGGGCCAGAAAGCCCCGAGGGCAGCCCCCGCGGUUCAGAGGCCGCCGCCGCCGAGGCUCGGCUGAGCCUGCCCGCCGGUCCCUUCGUGCUGACCGAGCCAGAGGACGAGGUGGACAUUGGAGACGAGGGGGAGCUGGGCUCAGGGCCGCACGUGCUCUGAGUCGCCAGGCUGGGGAGGGUAGUAGGCAGAGGAGGAGACUGCGGGGCAGAGCGCGGUUCCCUCCCGGACCGGAAGACUC